AUGAGAAGAGCUGCUGGUGUUGAUGAAUUUGAUAUUAAAGAAGAAGAACCAUGGUAUGACCAUCAAGAUCUGGAACAUGAUCUUCAUUUGGCUGCUGAAUUGGGUAAAAGUUUACUGGAGCAGAACAGAGAUUUAAAACAGGGACUUCAACAGAUGUACGCCACCGAUCAGGAGCAGCUACAGGAAAUAGAGUAUCUGUCCAAACAGGUGGAUUUACUGCGGUCAGUAAAUGAUCAGCAUGCUAAUGUGUACGAGCAGCUGGACAAUUCUGCACGAGACCUGGAGCAGACAAACCAAACACUGGUCCUGGAGAACCGUGCAGCCCAGCUCAAAAUUUAUGGGCUCACAGAGACUGUGGAAGGGUUGCAGACUUAUGUGGAGGAGCUCCAGAGAAACGUGAAAGAGCUGAAGUUGCUUUCUGCUGAGCAGACCAGGCCCAGGGCACAGCCUUGUAACGAUCAGGGUCUCACAUGCUACAAAAAGCAGUGCCAAUUACAAAAGUUCUGUUCCCAUGAGUACACCUUCUCUGCCAGCCAUUCUUCUCUGAAGGAGGAGGAGGAGCACUUGGACCUACUGCGAUCCGUGCAUUCCCUGCAGGCCCAGCUGAGCACAGAGCACGCUCUGAGAGAGGCUGCAGAGCAGGAAGCUGAUGCUCUGGCACGUGAGCUUAGUGAACUAGAGCCAAAACUGGCACUACUGGGAAGCUACCAGAACCAAAUGGCUGAGAUGGAGACUGAAGUCAAGGAGCUCCGACUUCUUUUGCGCUCUAGCACCCACACCAUCCUGCCAGACACAGUGUUCUUCUCCUCAGAGGAGGAAGUGGGCAUGGUCAAACCUAGGAGGUGUGGUUUACAGCGCUGUUGCAGUGAGACGCAGUUGCGUAACUCUGUCUGUGAGGAGGGAGGAACAAUAGACUUUGUCCGAGUGAAUGGAUGGGGCUGUUUUCAACAUGUCAAGGAGGUGAAGCAUCCCAGCAUCUCGCUUCUAAACGAGGUGGAUGCCCAAUACACUGCCCUGCAGGAGAAAUACAACACACUACAGCGUCAUUGUGAAACCAGAAUGUUGCCACAGAACCAUAAAGCUGUGCAGACACCACCUGCCAGUUCCACCCAAAUCCACACACAGUCCCAGAGUGUAAGCACACAUGACAAUACCCAGCUGCCUGAGUAUAAAGCCCUGUUCCAUAAGAUUUUCACCUUUAUUGAAAAGAGCAAAAAGGACAUGAAGGAAAACAGGAUCAAGCCCAGUCAGGUUGGAUGAGUCGCCACUCUGCGUCUUCUGGAGAUUUUUCAGCCAGUGUGCUAUAGUUGAACCUGGAUUCACUGCCAAAGGGCGUUAGUCUGACUGGAGUAAUCCAUUAGUAAGCUAAAUGCCUGAACUCGUAGAGACAUAAAAUGUGUGAUAC